UCUGCUGCUGCCGCCGCGGACGAUGCCGGGUCAAUAGGGGGCGCGUCUUAAAUGCCUGCGGGCUCUGGUCCAGCAUGGCGGUGUAUGCCCUCACUGGCUUCUCCCUUGUCAGCCUCCUCAGCUUCGGCUACCUGUCCUGGGACUGGAUGAAGCCCAGUUUGGUGGCCGAUGUCUCUGCGGAUUCCAUGGGGAAGCCGGGCCCCCCAGCGCCCUCCAGGCCGCCUCACAUCAUCUUCAUUCUGACGGACGACCAGGGUUACCAUGACGUUGGGUACCACGGCUCAGAUAUCCAGACUCCGACGCUGGACAGACUGGCUGCCGAGGGGGUUAAACUGGAGAAUUAUUACAUCCAGCCCAUCUGCACGCCUUCCAGGAGCCAGCUGAUUACGGGAAGGUACCAAAUCCACACAGGUCUUCAGCACUCCAUCAUCCGUCCCCGGCAGCCAAACUGCUUGCCCUUGGACCAUGUCACCCUUCCCCAGAAGCUUCAGGAAGCCGGCUAUGCCACACACAUGGUAGGCAAGUGGCAUCUGGGGUUCUAUAGAAAAGAAUGUCUGCCUACUCGCAGGGGCUUUGAUACCUUCCUGGGCUCCUUGACAGGGAAUGUGGAUUACUACACCUAUGACAACUGUGAUGGGCCGGGUGUAUGUGGCUAUGACCUUCAUGAUGGUGAAAAUGUGGCCUGGGAACAGAGUGGGAAAUAUUCCACCUUCCUCUAUGCUCAGCGAGUCAGCAAAAUCCUGGCUACCCAUAAUCCCAAGGAGCCCAUAUUCAUCUAUGUAGCAUUCCAAGCGGUGCAUACGCCAUUGCAGUCCCCUAAGGAAUAUAUCUACCGUUAUCGCUCUAUGGGUAAUGUUGCCCGACGCAAAUAUGCUGCUAUGGUCACAUGCAUGGACGAAGCUGUGAAGAACAUCACCUGGGCACUCAAGAAGUACGGUUACUAUGACAAUAGUGUGAUUGUGUUUUCCACGGACAAUGGUGGGCAGACCUUCUCUGGGGGAAGUAACUGGCCUCUGCGAGGCCGCAAGGGAACAUACUGGGAAGGAGGAGUCCGUGGCAUUGGGUUUGUCCACAGCCCUCUGAUUAAACGUAGACGUCGAACCAGCAGGGCCCUAAUCCACAUAACAGACUGGUACCCAACAUUAGUGAACCUGGCUGGGGGUAACCUCUCUCAGACAGAACGCUUGGAUGGGUAUAAUGUGUGGCCAGCUAUUAGUGAGGGCAAGGAGUGUCCUCGAACUGAAAUCCUGCAUAAUAUUGAUCCCCUUUAUAACCAUGCCAAGUAUGGCUCUUUAGAGAGAGGUUUUGGCAUAUGGAAUACUGCAAUACAGGCCUCUAUACGGAGGGGGGAUUGGAAACUUCUGACUGGAGACCCUGGUUACAGUGACUGGAUCCCACCACAGACUUUGACCAACUUCCCAGGGAGUUGGUGGAACCUGGAGCGGCUAACAGAUGGCAUGCGGAAAUCUGUUUGGCUUUUCAAUAUCACUGCCGAUCCCUAUGAGCGCUAUGACCUAUCAGACCAAAGACCAGACAUAGUGAGGGCUCUCCUGACCCGGCUUGUUCAUUACAACCAGACUGCCAUUCCAGUGAGAUAUCCAGCUGAGAAUCCUCGCGCCCACCCAGACUUUAAUGGUGGUGCCUGGGGUCCCUGGGCUACUGAGGAAGAAGAAGAGUGGGAAGGAGGACACGGAAAGCUGAAAAAUAAAAACAGGAAGAAGAAGUGUAAGAUCUGCAAACUGCGCUCCUUUUUCCGGAAGCUGAACACCAGGCUGAUGUCAAACCGUAUUUGAUGGGAGGGAGUGUCAGAGGUACAAGACGCAACCCCUAAGGGGUGCAGUACCAGCAAUGAGAAUAGGGGAAUGAGGCACUGAUGGAAACAGAGUCAAUAGGACUACCCAAUUCCUCCCCUACACCCAUGUGGUAGGUGGAGUUAAACAUAAGUGGGGAGGGUCUUUUCACAAUUUUUUGGCCCAUGAUUAUCAAGAGGCAAAUCUGUGCAAUGGUAAAGCAUGAAAGUGAAAAUGUCUUUACGCAGGCUAUCUAGAGACCAGUGAAAAUCUGGUCCUGGGACAUAACCAAAGACCAACCCUACCUGAAGGUGUUCCAAUAUGUCUGCUUUAGAAGAGGGUCUGGGCUCUGUUCGCUCUUGCCUCAUAACAUUCUCAUCAGAAAUAUUCUACAUUACAUAAUGCUCUCGUUCUGGGAAAAGGAUCUGUGGGUUCUUCCCUCCCCAAAGGUUGCAGCUAUUUUCCCUCCUGAUCACUUCAGAGCGAGUGGGUGGUGAUACAGAAGACCUGGGGACUUAUUUUUAUCGGAGAUAGAACACAAGCCUGAAACAGUGUGAACAUUUCCUCCUAAAUAUACGUAAUGGCAAACAUCCUAUAAAUGUAGUCAGGGACAUCAGUAAGAAAUGUGAGCAUUGCACAUGUUUACAUGUAUAAACUAAAAGUAUGUGUGUGGAAAAUAAUA